CACUAGAGCAUUUACCCACUAGAGUAUUUACAAAAGACCCGCAGAGUUAUUGGGUAAUUGUCGGGUGCCUCCACUGAAAAACAAUGGCUGAGACGACAGAGAAACUACGAAUCGUGAAACGCAAGCAUGUCGACCGCUUGCUUAACUGGCCUAAUGUCACCGCGGUCGAUAUCAACUACAAAACCGUCCGCGCUCAGAAAACAAAUGACCUCUGCCUCGUUAUAUGGGUAAGAGAGAAGAAACCAGAAUCUGAGAUACCUGCAGGUAAAAUUCUUCCUAAAGAGAUUGAUGGCUUUGCUGUGGAUGUAUUUGAGGGAGAGAUAAAGUUGGGCGAAGGAUUUAGUUGGCCAGCAACCCUGAGCCAAACGACUGAACAGGUAGCUGACUUCAAAUAUAUUUACAGCCACACAAACGCACAUAUGUUACCUAAUAUGCAAUAACCCUAGCCCUGGUGUCCUGCCCGGGCUCAUCACUGAUAAGCCCGGGCAGGACACGCUUAUGCCACAUUUAAACCUCCGGUUCGGAAAAAUAUCCCAAAGAAAUGGACUGAGACCUACUGCGCAAAUAGUCAAAAAGCCGCUAGAACGAUAGAUUAAAUAUUUUCGAAUCGCAAGCAUUUUGAUAAGAAACCACGGCAAACAACGCAGGUUUUCGAUCCGUUUGACCUUUUGGACAUGUUUACUUUUGCUAGAAUAAGCGAACGACACUUUAUCAACACUAAGACUUUGAUCUGUAAUAUUUUACGCAUCAUUACGUCCAGCUGUUUGGUAGGGCAUUCAAAUUUAACAAUAAGUGAUUUCAAUAGUUUUCGGUUUUUUUGGGACACCCUGUAGAGCGUUUGCACACGACGUCACAGCCGCCAUGUUGGUGUUCCAAUUCAAAAUAAUUUUAAUUAGACUUUUUUGUCUGGAACACCAACAUGGCCGCCAUGGCUUUUGUUGAGUUAGUCCCUGGGGAAUGAGUGCAAACGCUCUAUUGAGAGCCUGAGUCUACAGAAACGUCCUUCCUCGAAUUUCGAGUUUGAGGAAUGACGCACAAGUUAUGACGGGGUUUCCUUGAAUUUCCAUGUCAUGACGGGGUUUCCUGGAAUUCGAAAUUGCUUUGUUAUGGUUUACAAGGCUCUUAACAACAUGGCCCCUAUUUACAUUCUGAAUUGCUCAUCCCAAAACCAUAAGCGAUCGCUGGAUAUUAAGAUCGGAUGAUCAAGGACUGCUACGCAUCCCGAAAACUAACUGUAAGCCUUAGGUGAUCGGUCAUUUGCGCAUGCUGCAAUGACCACGUAUUUUAUCAUUCUUAUCGUAGAUGUACAUACUCGCUAGUCUAUAUUUUGCGUCAGUCAUUAGUUAUAGUAUAUUUUAUUCUGAUUCCGUUUUCCACUAGAUGUUGUAUUUUUUAGCUUUUUACAAUGUACAGCGCUUUGAGUAUUUUACAUAAACUAUGUGCGCUCUAUUUAAAUGAAUAAAUUAUUAUUAUCAUUAAUCCAAUGCCGCGAGUUACGGCAGUUUUACGUGAUUCGCGACCACCGAACUCCAAAAGCAAGCGGCAAAGGUCUCCUAGUUUGUCUUAUAAAUUAUGAUCACAUCUUCAUUGACGUUGCUUGCAGUUGUAUUUGCCAAAUCCACUAACUGUGUUCGCUUCUCCCUUGGCUCUGUUUCUGCUCGCACUAAAUUACUAUUUCGUCAAUUUUUCUUAUAGAGCCCGCGUGAGCUUACAGCAGAGGAAGUUGUUAAGUUGAGACCACUGGAUACACUCCGAGGUGGGGACAGCCUAGGACCCAUGACAUUUGAUGGGGCUGGCACACUUGGGUACUUUGUCAAGCAGGGGGAAACAGUUGGUAUCCUGAGCAAUGCUCACGUAGUGCAAAGCGUAGGAACCCAACUUAUUAGUCCAGCAAUACCAGAUGGUGGUACCGCAGACGAUUACAUCGGUACGGUUGAAAAGGUCGUGCUCACAACAGCUGUCGACUGUGGUCAUGCUCCACUCCGCAGCAACAUUGACAAGUUUUUACUUCAAGAUGGCACAUCUGUAACUGGCACUGAAAAAGCUGCAGUCGGAACCAAGAUUAAGUUCUAUGGCCGUACUUCAGGUCUUGUCAAUCAAGGUGAAGUUUCAUCGGUUGACUGGUCGGGAACUGUUAGCGAUCGAAGAGUCGAAAAUCAGAUCUUGUUUUCUGCGUCGUCAGUAGGGGGUGGGAAUUCGGGUUCUCUUUUAAUCAACAGAGAGAAUAAUAAAGCUAUUGGUCUGUAUUUUGCUGAUAAUAGGACCAAUUCGGGUCUAGCGAACCAUAUUGGUGAUGUCCUGAAUGCUCUUGAUGUUGAGAUUGCGAUAUAGACAAUGUUGUGUCUAUACCUAACAGUCUAACUGACUUGUUACUUACGCCCAAAAUGUCGAGCUGAACUCUUUUGAUACAAUUAUGACUAGGACUGAAAUGACUGAUUUGAUCAUAUCGAAAAGUAAGUUAGUGGAUAUUUGCUGUACUGAUUAUCUAACUAUGUACAUACUGUAAUUGUGGGUGUUAAUUAUUAGCUGAACAUAACAUAGAUGAUAUUUUCUUAAUGUCGAAAUGGAUAUUGCAUGUCAAACAAAAUCUAACCAUGAAAUCUUAGCUUGAAACCUUUUUUGUGAAUUAAAUGAUGUCAAAUUGAAGGGUAAAGAAAUAAAUAUUUUCUAACAGGG